CAUGAGAAAACGCCAUUUGCUAUCAAGAGAACGAAUACACGACUGAGCGUAAAGCUUUCUCCGAAGAAACAUCAAGCUCAACUCCUUUAAAACGGUUUUAUAAAUAAUUUCUGUAUUCGUCGUAAACUACCGACUUGGCUUGGAUAGCUAGCCAAACGGGGGGGUGUUUUUUUGUUGUUCCUGUUUUUAUUUUGAUACGAAAAGCUAGCCAAGCGGCUACUAUGGAUUUUUAAGUCAGUAUGCGGCGAAACUAAUGCAUCGGCAUGCAUCGUGCAAAGCAAAACGGACUCCGAUACUCCAUCUUCACAACUGCCAAGCAGUUGGGCUCAAAUUCCGUCCGCGGUAUCACUGUGAGCCAACCUAUACCACUCCUCCUUGAUCGAAGGAAGCUAACAUUACCUAGUUGGCUAAUAAAUUGAAUCAUCAACCCAAUUGUAUUCUUAUUAUAUAAUUAUUUGUUUUACUAUCGCUUCAUUUGAAAAUCAAAACUCGUUACCGACCAUAAUGAAGCCUAAAGAUAUCAUCGCCGGUAAGACUAGCCUGACUAGUCUGUGGAUCUUCGGAUACGGAUCUCUGGUGUGGAAGCCGGACUUCAAAUACAAGAGAAGCCAGGUCGGAUACAUCCACGGCUACAAGAGACGCUUCUGGCACGGAGACAACUUCCAUCGUGGAAAUGAUGACCUACCCGGAAGAGUGGUGACGCUGAUUGAGGAUGAUGACGCAACGACCUGGGGCGUGGCCUUCGAGGUGACCGGUUCCCAGGUCCAGGAGUCCCUUAAGUAUUUGAAUGUGCGCGAGGCUGUGUGCGGUGGUUACAUCACCAAGCUCGUAGACUUCAUCCCCGAGGAUGACCGAUCCAACCAGACCCAACAGGCUCUCCUCUACAUUGCUACCCCAGACAACCCACUCUUCCUGGGGCCCGCCAGCCCUGAGGUGAUAGGGCACCAGAUCGCCACCAGGCAGGGCAAGACGGGUCACAACCUGGAGUAUCUUCUCCGCCUGGCUGAGUUCAUGAGGAGGAGCUGCCCUCACGUGGACGACCCACACCUGUUCUCCAUCGAGGCUGCUGCUCUGGCCCUAGUGCCAUACCUGCUAGGGGCCCAGUAGCCCAUACAUACCCUUCCAUCUACACUACGAUUAGGGGCUCUCCUAUUGUUACCCUAGUACAUAUGAAGUAAUGUCUGAUGUAGGGAACAGGGUGCCAUUUGAGAUACAAGCCUUAAUGUAAACGUGUUAUCUGUAACAGGCUAGCCCAGUCAGUCUCUAAAUUCAUAAAAACAGAUGUGUUCCAGUCCUUUGUGUCUUUGUAAAACCUGUAAUGGUGUAGCUUGUCUCUUCCCAUCCACUGUUAAGCUGAUGCCAUAAAGGCCCGACUUGAGGUACAAAGGGAAGCAUGCACUUUUGAGUUGAGGAGUGCCUGCCUUAUUAUUACUUUUUUUUUACCCAAGCACGAAUAUUUAGUUGGUGUGAAGUUACUUUGUCAAGCCAGACAGGGGAAUCUAUACUAAUGUCACUGUUGAACAAAUGGUUCUAUCUAUUCAGUUCUGUUUUAGGCACUCCUGUGUUUAAAUCGUUUCAAUGGGGCACUGCUUUAACGGUUCUCAGUGUCAUGUCCAUGAAUGAAAUACUGGUGUUCAUUUUUAUUUCAACUAUUGUCACUCAUUAACCAACUAACUGGCUGACGUUACAUACACCUUUGUUGUAAAAGGUUGCUUUUUAGCAAAGUUACAUCCAGUUGACUGGCUGAUCCCGCCAAUUAAAUGGUCCAAACAUC